AAGCUUUAGAAUUUGGAAGCACUUAAAUAAGCGUGUCCGGACUCCGAAUACGGAAUACGUAAGCCUCAUUCUCAAUUAGAAUAAACCCGCUACCAAACAAAUCACAGUGUUCCCCUAAAACCCCAUUGAAAAACCGAGAGACAGGAAGCGUAAGGACACUGCCUCGGCAGCCAUUAGCGCUACCUUCUCACGUUCUCAUCGCGUAUUGAUAUACCAACUUUCAUAUAUCGGAUUUAACAACAAUGAUAUCUUCCAUAGCUUGGUUACCCAAAGGGGCGGCAAAGCCUGUGCCCUCGGUGGCCGACCCUCCUUCCAAAGAAGAAAUCGAAGAGAUGAUCAAGUCCGGCGCUUUUGAUCGAAGUGGAGAUGGUGACAGUACUGAGGAAGACGAUGAAGAUAUGGAUACUGAUGCUACCAUGCAGGCUGACAAAGCUGCUCAUGCAUUAGAGGUAGCCGAUGCACUUGGCAGAACUUCCAAUAACAUGAAGUCAGAGAGAAGCUUUGAUGAUGUUACCAAUGGUUUGAAGGAACUGGACAUGGAACAUUAUGAUGAAGAGGAUGAUGGCAUCGAGUUAUUUAGCACGGGGCUGGGGGACCUUUACUACCCGAACAAUGACAUGGAUCCAUAUCUAAAAGAUAAGGAUGACGAUGAUUCUGAAGAGGUUGAGGACAUUGCUAUUAAUCCGACAGAUGCUGUGAUAGUAUGUGCACGUAGUAACCAGGAUGAUGUCAGUCAACUCGAGGUAUGGAUAUACGAGGUAUCUGAUGACGGUGAUCCAAACAUGUACGUUCACCAUGAUAUCAUCCUUUCAGCAGAUCCACUUUGUACUGCAUGGCUUGAUUGUCCACUUAAAGGGGGAGAAAAAGGGAAUUUCAUAGCUGUUGGCUCAAUGGAACCUUCUAUCGAAAUAUGGGACCUUGACAUUAUUGAUGAAGUACAACCAUGUGUAGUACUAGGUGGAAUUGCUGAGAAGAAGGAGAAAGGAAAAAAGACAUCAAUCAAGUACAAAAAAGAGAGUCACAAAGGUCCCAUUCUUGGUCUUGCUUGGAACAAGGAGUACAGGAAUAUUAUUGCCAGUGCAAGUGCUGACAAACGAGUUAAGAUAUGGGAUGUAGCUGCUGGAAAAUGUAAUAUUACCAUGGAGCAUCAUACAGACAAGGUUCAAGCUGUUGCAUGGAAUCAUCAUGCACCACAAGUUAUUCUUAGUGGGUCUUUUGAUCAUUCAGUAGUCAUGAAGGAUGGGAGAAUACCAGCACAUUCCGGUUAUAAAUGGUCAGUCACAACUGAUGUAGAAAGCUUGGCAUGGGAUCCACACACGGAGCACUCGUUUGUGGUGAGUCUUGAAGAUGGUACUGUCAAAGGUUUUGAUAUCAGGGCUGCCAAGUCUGAUGCAGCUUCGGAAUCAAAACCAAGCUUUACUCUCCAUGCACACGAUAAAGCUGUUUGCACAGUCUCUUAUAAUCCUUCCGCACCUAAUCUUCUUGCAACUGGAUCGGAGGAUAAAAUGGUAAAGCUUUGGGAUUUGUCAAACAAUCAACCAUCAUGUAUCGCGUCCACGAAUCCUAAAGCAGGUGCUGUCUUUUCCAUUUUCUUCUCAGAGGACAGCCCCUUUUUGCUGGCAAUAGGAGGCUCUAAGGGGAAAUUGGAAGUCUGGGACACAUUAUCAGAUGCUGGGGUUGCUCGAAGAUUUGGGAACCACUGCAAGCAGAAGAUACCUCAAUCCAGUUCUUGAUGUUGCUACGUUUGAAGGAAUAGUACUUCAGCAGCUCUUGAUGAACAUGAAGCCUGAAGAUACCCUUGAAGGUCUUGUAGAGUUUCUUAUUAUAAAGGCAUGAUUAAUCUAAGUCAAAAGUAAUAUCACAAAGUAACAUAACAAGGAAUGGUUUUAAUGAGUUUACUUGUUGAUAUAAAGAUGAAAGAAAAAGGAGGGGACACAAAGUACAUUUGCGGUGAUAGGAGAGAUCAAGCAAGAAAUGGAGCUGACCCUAGGAUCAGAAAAACAAAUGGAAUUACAUGACAUGUUAGUGAACUUUGAUCUUGAGGAACUGGGACAUUAACUACUGAAUCAGAGGAUGUGAUUCAGUUGAAGAUUGAGGCUUGAGUAAUGAAAGCAACUCCUGACUCAGAUGCGAUGUUUUUGUUAAGCUACUGAUUAUUUCACUCAAGGAAAUAGUAAUACAAAUCUGUAAUGAUAAACUUCUACUUGUAUUCAUAAGAUUCAAAA